AUGGCAUCCACUUCUGUUCCGGACAAUUAUUAUGCUGUCCCGAUUGGUGAGACGCAGAUGGUGAUCUUGAAGAGAUAUGAAAACCUUCGAUUGAUUGGUUCAGGAGCGCAAGGCAUUGUUUGUGCUGCGACGGAUACGGUAACAAACAAGCCGGUUGCCAUCAAGAAACUGUCCAGACCCUUUCAAAAUGUUACACAUGCCAAACGGGCAUACAGAGAAUUUAUACUUAUGAAUCUAGUCAAUCAUAAAAACAUAAUCGGGUUAUUGAACGCGUUUUCUCCCCAAAGAGAGGUGAACGAAUUCAACGAUCUCUACAUCGUUAUGGAACUUAUGGAUGCAAAUCUUUGUCAGGUCAUUCAAAUGGAUUUAGAUCAUGAAAGAUUAUCUUACCUUCUAUAUCAAAUGUUAUGUGGAAUCAAACAUUUACACAGUGCAGGGAUUAUUCAUAGGGAUUUGAAACCGUCCAAUAUUGUGGUUAAAAGCGAUUGCACGCUGAAGAUUCUGGAUUUCGGACUGGCACGAACAGCCGUUGAAGCAUUCAUGAUGACUCCCUAUGUAGUCACUAGAUACUACCGUGCGCCCGAAGUUAUUCUUGGGAUGGGAUAUGGAGAAAAUGUUGACGUGUGGUCCGUCGGUUGCAUUUUUGGCGAGCUGAUUCGAGGGCGAGUAUUAUUUCCUGGAGCUGAUCACAUUGAUCAGUGGACACGGAUCAUUGAGUUGCUGGGCACUCCAGAUUCGCAAUUUCUCAGCCGGUUACAGACAACUGUGCGGAAUUAUGUUGAAAACAGGCCAAAGUAUCAACCAGUCCCUUUUGAAACGCUAUUUGCUGACAAUAUGUUCCCUCCUGGUGCUGACAAUGCACGUCUAACAGCAGCGAAAGCUCGUGACCUCCUUGCACGUAUGUUAGUAAUAGACCCUGAGAAAAGAAUAUCUGUUGAUGAUGCUCUAGCCCAUGAAUAUGUUAAUGUCUGGUAUGAUGCUUCUGAGGUGAGCGGUAUUUCAAUCAUACUUUAG